AGGGGAUCAAGAAAGGUAGAAUGAGCAGGGCAUGGUAGUUGACAAUUCACGAGGCUGCUGCAAGAUAAGCUUCUUUUUUUCUUUGUCAUAAAUCUUCAAUAAAUGCUCAACAGCCAAUUUAGUUCAUCCCCGUCGUCUCCACAGACCACAGUUGCCUAUUUUAGAAAUUUCCAUUCCCAUCAUAUCUACCUACCUCUUUCCAUCACCCUACAGAACGAUUAUGGAAACUACUCAGGCAGAACAUCGAUGGGAGGACCAAGAAUAUGACGAAUUGGAGGAGAGUUUGAUUAGUAGAAGAAAGAAUCUCAAACAAACGCCAAUUUUCACGACCAUCAAUGAUGAUUUCAGCAGCAACAAUGGUGGUUCAGUUGGUGUCUCGAAUGGUGAAGAUCAAGAAAAAGAAGAAGAUGAAGUCAAAGACUUAAGUCAACAAAAUGGCAUAAAGGUUGAUGAAGAUGAUAUAGAGAAAGAGAAACAACAGACAUCGGAGUAUCUUGUUUAUUAUGACGCAGAUAAAGGAAUAUGGAAAUGUCGAAUCUGCUCCUGGGAUUAUGAGGGUAACACUUGUGUCACCAAUCAUAAUCAGAGAAUCUGUUUGUUUCAUGAAACCAAAGAUACUGGGUUGCGUCUUCAAUCAUCAAAAGGGGAAGCAAAUGGUGUUGAUUCAACUUUUCAUGGGAAAAUCCCCAUGAAAGACAACAUCAAUAUAACAAUACAUAAUCAAGAAAACGACUUCAAUAUAAGAAUACACAAUCAAGAAAACGGGAAUGGCCUGGACUUUGUUAUCAACAACCAAAUUGGUGAACAUGAAAAGCAAAAUAACUUAUCGGAUAACUGCCUUCAUCCAUCAGAAAUAUCAUUUGAAGAAGUUGACAAAACAGAAAGCAGCGAAAUUGAAGUGAUUAAAGAUGUUGAGGAUGAAUUUGAUGUGGAGACAGUGAUAAAGAAGCAAGAAACACAUGAUUUAUUCUGUCCAAAUUGCAAUUCUUGUAUCACGAAAAGAGUUAUUCUUCGUAAAAGGAAACGUAAAAUCCCGGUUCCUGGUGAAAUUGCAAAGCGUAACAAGCCCGAAACUUCAAAUCCUUCAGAAGUGAAUCUUGUUUCUGAUGAUAUUCAACCGUUAAUAUCUAAUGAAGAUGAUCAUGAGAGGGAUCCAGAUGUAUUCAGAUGUUUGUCGUGUUUCAGCAUUUUUAUGCCUUCAGGGAAUGGAUUUAAGUUGUUUGGUAAUAAAAGCAACCAAGAAAACAAUCAAACUUCUCAUAAUGAAGUGGCUGUGAAGGAAAGCUGGUUUUCUAGAAUUUUUGCAUCAAAUAAGGUGGAGCAAUUAAACAACCAAGGUUCAUCAACUACCACAAUUAUUAAAAUGGAUUUGGAAAAUGGUCAAGUUCAAUCAGCUACUGUUACUGUUAAUCAGCAACAACAAUACUCGAAUCCCAUAGAUUCAGACAUUCCUACUCCAAGUAGUGUUGUUAAUGGAGAUGAGAAUGCACUUCCUUCACCACAAGGAUUUGAUACUAUUAAACAACCGAUUGCUCAUGAAUCAGAUAAUAAUGUAAAAGAGAGCAACGGAUCACAUACCACCAAUGGUAACAUGGAUUUGGAAAAAGAUCAAAUCGAAUCAGCUACUCCAAGUGUUAAUAGAGAUUACAGUGCAUCUUCAGCACAAGGAUCUAAUACAUUUAAACAACCGAUUGCUGAUGAAUCAGAUAAUGAUGUAAAAGAGAGCAACGAUUCCCAAUUAGCAGACAACACAGAUGGCGAUCAGCUAGUUACAUCUUACCAUACAGAGUUCAACAGCCAAAGUGAUUACCCAGGAAUGUUUGUAGUGAAGCCACCACUUAAUCAUGUAGAACCUGAACAAGAUUUUGUUUUUUCACAUCAUCCUGAUGGAUUAACGCUUCAUGUUCCUCCAAACAUCGGAUCUUUAAUCAUCGACAAUUCACAAAUGAACCAACUGCUUGAUGUCACCAUUCAAAACAACAAUCCAGAUCUUGAAAUUGGGAGUCGUGCUGUGGAGCAAAGUGGUGAAACAGGUGGUCGGAGUUUGGACAUUGUUAAAAGCAUUGUGUACGGUGGGCUUUUAGAAAUAAUCGCUAGUCUAAGUGUUGUGGCUUCUGCAGUUGGUGCUGAUGCUUCCACGUUGAAUGUGUUGGCAUUGGGAUUGGCUAACAUAUUUGGCGGAUUGUUGGUGAUUAGUCAUGAUCUUUGGGACCUGAAAAACGAAGGCAGAGGAUCUUCUUCUUCAGAAGAGGAUCGAUACCAGCAACUUUUGGGGCGAAGAGUGGAUUUCCCGCUUCACAUGUUGGUGUCUCUGUUAUCGUACCUGCUGUUUGGGUUCCUUCCACCGGUUGUAUAUGGGUUUUCAUUCCGUGAGAGCAACGACAAAGAUUUCAAGCUUCUCACGGUGGCUGCCGCCUCGAUUGUGUGCAUCAUGAUACUGGCUGCCGGAAAAGCGUAUGUGCAGAGCCAGAGCCUCAACAGGUCUUAUAUCAAGACUAUUUUCUACUACAUGGCAUUUGGGUUUGCGGUGUCGGGUGUUUCUUAUAUGUUCGGUGGGUUGAUUAUGGAGUUAUUGGAUACGAUCGGUUUAUUCCCACCGGCUUCGGGUCAAGUUGUGAACCCGAGUUUUCCUUUUCAUGGAGCAGGUGCAGACCCGACCCUAAUUGCAACGUAUUAGUCAAUAUUUUGGAAGGGAGGGGGAGGGAUUUUUAUGAUUUUGUAGUUUUGACUUUGAGUUAUAGCUUGGAACUAGGUGAACUUUGUGAUCUUUAUUUAUGCUGAGGUUUGAGGUUUUGCAUUGCACAUCAUUUAAAUGUAUGUUUUCCUGGAAGUUGGUAUAUUUUUGUUUGGCAAAAAUGUAAGUUUU